AUGAAAUUGUUCGCAAUAUUUCUUUUUGGCCUAGUAUUGGCUAUGGCUUUUGCUGAGGAAACUACAACAGAUAGUGCUACUGAUGCUCUACCAACAGAUGAUACUACAACAGCUCAGCCCUCAGCUGAAGAUGCUACUACUGAUGAUACUCCUACGCAGUCUUCUGUAACUACUACAACUACUAAGAAGCCCGCUGAAGAUAGCAAGCUACAAAAGGAAAACGAAAAGAGACGCGAACAAAUUAAAAAACAACAAGAAGAAAUCAAGCAAACGAAACAAGUGGUUAUGAAAGAGUAUGAAGCUAACCUAAAGAGGAGCGAAAUCAUUGAAAGGGGAGAAGUGGAAAUUAAGAAGAGGCAAGAGUUGAUUCAGAAGAGAAACCAAGUCAUGAAGAAUAGAAGGGCGAAGGUUAAUAAUCAGAGGGAGUAUCUCAAGAAAUUGUUAGCUUACAAUGCUGCUGCUAGGAAGAGGUUGAAUGCCGGUAACAGAGGAUAA